CAGCAGACGCACAGCAGUGAGGAACACACUGGCUUGUCCUGCACUGGAUCUCGAGACUUUCUUCAGCGUACACUUGUUAGCAUUAAACUACACACUCUAAUACUAUGGCUCCCAAAGUGCUGCACUUCGUCACUGAUUUCUUCGUCUACGAAACAGCCAAAUCAGUUGUGGUGAAGAGCUGGUCUGUUGGAAUCAUCAACCGUUUCGUCCAGCUGUUGAUUAUUCUGUAUUUUAUCUGUUGGGUGUUCCUGCAUGAAAAAGGACAUCAGCAACGGGACACUGGGAUUGAGUAUGCGGUCAUGACCAAAGUGAAGGGCUUGGGCUACUUCAAUAACCGUGUGAUGGACGUAGCAGACUAUGUAGUUCCAUCACAGGGUGCUUCAUCGUUCUCUAUCAUCACCAACAUGGUCAUCACAGCCAAUCAGACGCAAGGAUCGUGCCCUGAGACUGACGAGAAGUUUAAUUGCACAACUGAUCAUGACUGCAAUAAGAAUAAUAGCUCAAAUAUAGGGAAUGGUAUUUUAACAGGCACGUGCUUGAUCGAUAAUAGUACAAAUAGUACAGGAAUGUGUGAAAUUGAAGGCUGGUGCCCUGCAGAGGAUGACAACGUUUCUGGAACGCCAAUGAAAGAGGUGGAGAACUUCACAAUCUUCAUCAAAAACAGCAUUCGCUUCCCUCUGUUCGAUGUCACUAGGGGCAAUUUCCCUUCAAGCUUAAACCAGUCUUACAUUAAGACAUGUACAUAUGACCCGGUGCGCCACCCGUUCUGUCCGAUCUUCAAAGUGGGACAUAUCCUGAAACAACUCAAUCAAAGUUUGGACUACAUUACUAAACGUGGAGGAGAGAUUGGAAUUAACAUCAACUGGAAGUGUAAUCUUGACUAUGAUGUGGAGAACUGCAAACCCAAGUACUUCUUCACACGCCUAGAUGCUGCUUUUGAGAACAGCAAAGCCUCUAAAGGAUAUAACUUCAGGUUUGCUAAAUACUAUCAGUCCGAAGAUGGGACUGAGUAUCGAACGCUUCAUAAAGCUUAUGCCAUCCGCUUUGAAAUAAUAGUGUCUGGCAAUGCGGGAAAGUUUAACACUGUGCCAUUUCUGAUUAAUUUGGUCGCAGCAUUCACUUCAGUGGGAUUGGCUACAGUGUUCUGUGACAUCAUCCUUCUCAACUUCCAUAAAGGGGCCGACGAGUACAAAGCAAAGAAAUUUGAAGAGGUAUCAGAGAUUGUGCAGGAGUCAAACAGACCCUACCAGGGCAGCCAGGCGUCAAUCAAAGCUUUGGGGAAGAGCUCAAAUGACUCAGGGACCUUUUCUAUUGGACGACAGGAGCUUGAAGGAGUUUGAAGGAGUUUCCAUGUUUGCUGGACACUUGUUGGCUGCUUUACAGUUUUAAUCAACCUAUUAUUUUCUAAAGAAAUGCACAAUUUUUCACAAUUCAUAUAUGUAUGUUUUAAGCAUUUAACCCUUGUGCAUCCUUAUAGACAUUUU